AUGAUGUAUUUUGUGAUUUCAGCUAUGAAAGCUCAAAUCGAAAUAAUUCCCUGCAAGAUCUGUGGAGACAAAUCAUCAGGCAUCCAUUACGGCGUGAUAACAUGUGAAGGCUGUAAGGGCUUCUUCAGGAGGAGUCAGCAGAGCAAUGCAGCCUACUCCUGCCCCCGUCAGAAAAACUGCUUGAUCGACCGCACCAGCCGCAACCGCUGCCAGCACUGCAGGCUGCAGAAGUGCCUGGCAGUGGGAAUGUCACGAGAUGCGGUGAAGUUUGGCCGCAUGUCGAAGAAGCAGCGAGACAGCCUGUACGCUGAGGUCCAGAAGCACCGGCUGCAGCAGCAGCAGCGCGACCACCAACAGCAGCCCGGGGAGGCCGAGCCACUCACACCCAACUACAGCCUCUCAGCCAAUGGCCUCACGGAGCUCCACGAUGACCUCAGCGGCUACAUGGACGGCCACACCCCUGAUGGCAGCAAACCAGACUCGGCGGUCAGCAGCUUUUACCUGGACAUCCAGCCAUCCCCUGACCAGUCAGGCUUGGACAUCAACGGCAUCAAGCCGGAGCCCAUCUGCGACUUUGCCCCCGGCUCUGGCUUCUUCCCUUAUUGCUCCUUCACCAACGGAGAGACCUCCCCAACCGUGUCUAUGGCUGAACUUGAGCACCUGGCCCAGAACAUUUCAAAGUCACACAUGGAGACAUGUCAGUACCUGAGAGAGGAGCUGCAGCAGAUGACCUGGCAGGCUUUCCUGCAGGAGGAGGUGGAGAGCUACCAGAACAAGCCCCGGGAAGUCAUGUGGCAGCUGUGUGCUAUCAAAAUAACAGAGGCCAUUCAGUAUGUGGUGGAGUUUGCCAAGCGCAUCGACGGCUUCAUGGAGCUGUGUCAGAACGAUCAGAUAGUGCUGCUGAAAGCAGGCUCUCUGGAAGUUGUGUUUGUCAGAAUGUGCCGUGCCUUUGACUCACAAAACAACACAGUCUAUUUUGAUGGAAAAUAUGCUGGACCUGAUGUGUUCAAGUCAUUAGGCUGUGACGACUUGAUCAGCUCUGUCUUCGAGUUUGGGAAAAACUUGUGUUCUAUGCACCUGUCUGAGGAUGAGAUCGCCCUGUUCUCUGCCUUUGUGUUGAUGUCUGCUGACCGGUCCUGGCUCCAGGAGAAGGUCAAGGUGGAAAAACUCCAGCAGAAAAUCCAGCUGGCCCUCCAACAUGUCUUGCAGAAGAACCACAGAGAGGAUGGUAUACUUACAAAGUUGAUAUGCAAAGUGUCGACACUGCGAGCACUGUGCAGUAGGCAUACAGAGAAGCUCACAGCUUUCAAAGCAAUAUACCCAGACAUUGUGCGUGCCCACUUCCCCCCCUUAUACAAGGAGCUGUUCGGAUCAGACUUUGAGCAGUCCAUGCCCGUUGACGGGUAGCAGCCCUGCCAGGUGCCAGUGUGCCCACCGUAGGGGAAUGUGGAGGAGGAAUCUGAGACACUUUACUGGUGCCCUGCACAAACCAGAGUGGACAGAUGGCACGCUGUUCAACUUCUUCUUUUACAUUGGCGGGCAGGGCAUUGGGGAGCUGAUUGUCAAGGUUUACUUUACUGAAUUUAGUUCUCUUUGGAAGACAAGUGGGACCCAACACCCCUACUGGACAUGAAGAGGAAAUAGAAACAAAUUGCUUCUGUUUGGCUGAACUUGACCCUCUCAUGCGCUUUUCUUUGUGCACUCUAUUCAUUUAUUCACGUUGACUUGUAUUCAUUUCGACUGUCAUGAAUUAUCUGUGCAUAUCAACAACUAAUGAGACAGUUUAGGGAAAAUAGCAUUAUUUAGUAGAUGACCACAUCAGUAUUAUUUCCCAGGCUGCACUCCCUAAACAUUUUUAGUAGUUUCAGAAGCAGAAGUGUCAUCUUUCACUCUGAAAUAAAAUCUGAAAUAAAAUGUCUGGAAAAAAUGCGCACAUUUCAGUCAAGUUCAGCCAUUUCUCUCUUUGUGAUCAGUCAUAUGUUUUGGACGCAGUGCUUGGAAAAAAACUCACAGCGACUUUGAAGGGGGACCUUUUGGCAUGGCAAUGCAAUUGGCGCCUCUCUACGGACAAUCGUUUAAAAGAAAAGAAAAAAAGAAACCUAGAAUUCUGGUAAUUCUAAUGAAAACACAAUGAUUUUAGCUGUCAAAGACUCCAUCCACCAUAGUGAAAUCAUGUAAGGCCAUCUGCUAUUAAUCCUUCUCUGGACAGGUGCCCUGGAGAAGCACAGGGCACCCAACUCAACGAAAAGGGUCCAUUCCACCUGUUUUAUAAUGUACUACAGGGUAUAUGGUCAUAAGUACUAUACAGAAAAAAGUAAUGUUUAUAGAAUCUAUUUUAAAUAACAUGUAUAUUAGUAGUUAGACCAUUCUUAAUUGUUGAAUUGAUAAGGCACUUUUAUUUACAUCUUUCUUUAAUUUAAGACUUGUAUAUUUACCUAGUGAUGUGUUGCAUGUGCACAAGAAAUACAAGUUGAAUCAUGGUCACAGAUGUUUGUCCUGGGAGCUGCAGAUGAAACUGGUCUGGAAGCGUGCGGGGAAGUAUGUUAGGAUGGCUGGCGUGGCUGCUGGACGGUGAUCAAAAAGGCACGGGUGAGAAGGCAAGUUAAAAGGCACUCCUUCACCUCUUUCCUCCACAACUGCCAGUGUGUUGCCUGUCAAGAAAAAAAAAAAAGCACAGCACUGAUACUCCUUCUUGUGAGCAGGCGCACACAAGUUAACACUCCAAAUGGCUCUGGAUUUCAUGCCAUUUUAGGUCACGUAUUUGCCACAUGCUUUCUUUCAUAUACUUCACAGUCAUUUUCUAAAUAUUUGCUCUUAAUUUUGCUGUGCAUGUUAUGUUAAGGUUGGCUGCAAGAAAAUAUGAGCCAUUCAUUGAGAGAGCGUCCCAAGUCGCCAUGUGGUCUGACUGGAAAAAGCAAACCUUGACCGUAAUCCAAUUCUUCCACCUAGUGGAAGAUAAAGAUACAGCAAGCAAAUGUGACAGAAGUCCAGGGCCUAGCACAAAAGCACAUUUCUGAGCCUAUUUCAAAAUGUUUGGAGUGUUCGGUGUUAAGAGUGACCUUCUGCCUGCUUGCCACAGCCUCAGCCCAGCAACGCCUUCACAGGAAAUUUAAGAAACAGUGAAGGGAAAGUGAAUAUUCAAAGCCUUGUCUGGUAGUAAAGCUUCUAUUUUUGUAACUUGUUUUGGUUAAUAAACUUGUGAAAGAGAAUGAGGGAGAGAAAAAGAUGUCAGGUAGCACUUAACUAUAUCCCUGCAAUAAUUAGAUUAGGUGUUGUUCGUAUAAUUAGGGGAGAAAUAUAAAAACGGUAGGACAAGUGCUAUUUUCAGAAUGCUUUGUUGUCGUGCUUCUGUUUUUGUUGAGUGUCUUUCUCGUCAGUGUGGUAGUAAAGUGGUUAAAAAAAAAAAGAGAAAAAACCCUGGAUGUGCCAAACAAUAGUCGUUGCUUCCGCUUUCCAGUCUACUCUUCUAUAAUGUAGAAUGGAUUCCUAAGACAUUCCAGCAAUCUCAGUAGCGGCUUCUUGAAAUAUCUUUUUAAAAAGAGCAACAAAAAAAAAAGGAAAAAGAAGAAAAAAAUCUUAUCCCUUUAGAAACCCAACAGAGCAUGUUAACACAUCUGUCACCAACCAUAAGAUCAGACCCAGUUUUGUCUAUAUAUUUUGUCUUCUGUUGUUGUUUUGUUUGCACACUAUCAUUCCUCUGCCGUGCAAUUUGUACAAGGUGUUACUGCCUCGUGCUGUCACCCCUCAGGGAAGAGUGUCUAUUGUGCUUUCUGUUUAAGAGGACGUUUGUUUGCAUUCAUGAGGUUUAGUUUAGUUUAGCUUAGUUUAGUUUAGAUUUUGGUUUGUUUCAGGGAUUUUUCAUUUUCCAUGAAAAGUGGUUGAAAUUAAAAUUUGAAACGUGAUCACUGAGUUAUUUAGAAUUCCACAUUUCUGAUGUCCAUAAAUGCAAAAUGGGGCCUCCGGGCAAGGCCAUUAAAAUAAUCAUUUGUGACAACACAAAAAAUAAAACCAUCUCUUUUACAAAUUACAGUUUUUCAACACGUGACAUUUUCCUCCCACACAUAAAAAAGGAAUAGAAACUCUUUUGGUUUCAAAUGGUGUCAUCAGGGUCUUUAAAUUUAUUACCCUCUUUGUUAGAAAACCAAAUAUUCUUAUGCAAUACUAAAUCUGUUGUGUUUGGGUUAUAGUAGAUAUGCUGUACCUGAGUAAUAAUCUCUGUUAUGAUCCAAUGCUGUUUGGAAAUGCACAAGCCCUCUACGACUAGUUAACCUCAGUCUCAGAGCAAAAGAAACCAAGUCUGGAUCACUGCUAGACAAUCCAGGUUUAGAGGCCCCAGUGGCCCCGGCAAGAGCAACAAAAUGGGGAUGAGGUGUGAACGCUCAGGGAGGUAACAGGAAGGCCGACGUAGCAGCCGGGAGCUGCAGAGCAUUUGAUUAGCUCUAUUUGUGAAUUCAUAAAGAUCUUUAAACUCUCUACUAACAUUUUCAAAUACAACACUGAGCAUGCAGUUCCUGUUCACAAAAUUGAGAAUUGGCAGAUUUCCUGUAAAUGGUUUGCAGAGAUUUUCUUUCAUCCUUUGUACUUUUUCUUAGCAUGACUUGACAUUGCUUGAUAGUGAUAGUUUGAAAGUGAUCAAUUUGUUUUUGUGUUUUUAUGUUGUUGUUUUUUUUUUUAAUGAACGGCUAUGGUCUGCCACCUAAAGAAUUCUUCACUUAUCAAGUGAAAACGUUCUCAGUUCGGCUGUCAUUCAAGUCUAACUAGAUGAGCGACUUGUCAUGUGUUCUAAAGUAUAUAACAAGCAAUAUGCCUUGUGUUACAAUUACGGGUCUUUACACUGCAGUCAUCCGCCUUUUGAAUUGACUCUACACACAACCUUUUUACUGUUUCAGUUUGUAAGAAGUAAUAAAGCCCCAUCCGUCUAUUCUCCUCUUGUAUGGUUGCGAUAGACAGACAAACAGAAAACGGUCAAACACAUGAUUACUUGCCUCUAACUAUAAACGACGCCUUCACGCAGGCCUGAAAAGUGAUGUCCUGUAUAUUUUCAUUCAAGAUCUCCUAGUUUAAGUGAAGGAUCUUUUUGUGUGCUAUUCAAUCAGUGUAUAGUAUACAGUAAAAUGUGCUUGUCCUUCUGUCUCUGCUCUGUUGUCCGUUUGUAAAAGCAAUAGUGUGUGUGUGUGUGCGUGCGUGUGUGUGAGUUUGUGUUUGUUCUCGGUGUGUGAAUACAAUAAACCCCAGACAAGGCUUUAAUAAUUACAGGGGAACAGGGUUAUGUGGACAAGGAGGUUUUGAUUUGAUUUUAGACUCUUUUAAGAUGAAAAAGCAAAAAAAAAAAAAAGGUUUUGAUAAUGCUGAGCUUGAUCCAUCCAUAACAAGUGUAGGUUAUAAAAAGCAUGACGUAAUGCCUUCAACAAUUCACUGGUCCGCAGAACUCUUCGAGGCAGCGUUGACCUUCUUCAAAGCCAAAAUCUGCUUGACUACCAGUCAGUCUACAGCCUAAAAAAUGAAAAUUAUCGUUGACUUUAAAUGACAGAAAUGAAGACUCUUGACCGUUAAUUGCAAAGAUCGGUGUUAUGUCACGCUUAAAGUUGCCAGUGUUUUGUUUUCUUUACCCAGAAUUACGAGUCAGUUGUUGCAUUAUAACGAAACUCAUUUUCCAAAGCACAAGUGAUAAGAAUUUAUGAUUAAAAUGACGUUUAAGAAUAUAGUUUUAAAAAAAUUUAAAGCAACUUUUAGCCAUAAUCGAAUGUCAAGCAAUAAUAUAUGUCAGUGUAUUAUUUCUCUUUUUUUGUGCAUAAUAGUCUUUGAACAUCUGCAUGUAAAUACACCUCUUAUUUAUCACUAUUUGGUUUAUUUUGUGUUGAUUUUUGUGGAUGUUUCAAUGUGUCAUCUGUAUAUUUGACCAGUUCUGUUCCCAGAUGGAGAAGAUAGAACUUGGCAUGGCCUGUAUGCUGUAUAUCUUAUUUUCUCACUCUCUCCCUCAUUCUCAGCUGUUUAUUCACCAUAUUUAAUAUUAUUAUUGACCACAUGUAUAAAGGUAGCUUUGUAACUUCUGUCUGUAUAGGUAAGAGGAAAAUACUGCUACUAAGGCCUACCCAGUGAAAAUAUUUAUCUGUUUAUCGGUUACAUCAUAUUGUACGAUAAAACUGUUUCUACUUUGCUUCCCUCUUUUAGGAUUAGUUUGAUAGAGAUAGGGUGUGCUGACAUUUAUUUUGUGUUGCCCUAAUGUGUGGUGCUAGGUAAGUUAAUUUUGUGAACCAAGUAUUGAUUCCUAAGCUUGGCUGCCCUAUUAGUUAAUUAAUUUAAUUGCCUAUCAACGUAUUAUUGAUAUUAGGACUCAAUGAAUAAUAAUGAUAAUGAAAAUUAUAGUGGUAAAAGUUACCCAGCCAGUACCUGUAUCAGUGUGCUUGCCCUGGGAUAAGGCACUUAUUUCCUUCUGACUUAUAGCAAAUCUAGAGUCUGCUAAUUAACAAGCUAUUUAAGGUUGCUUUCUGGUUUGUGGAAAAUUUUAUGAUAUUCAAAGUGAAACAGCAGUAUUGUGUUUUUUCUUUACCUGAUUGUAAAAACCACUCACUGAGGCUAUAGUUUGUCAGGUUUUAAGAUAGUAACUAUUUACCUCCCGUGGCUGCAUUGUCCUUCACCUGAUGCAGGGAAGUGGUGCUUGGAUUUCAUAAAAUAACGCCCCAGUAUGCUUUUGUUAUUCCCCAUUUUAGACUACCCCGAAACGGCGUUUUUUUUUUUCAGACCAGUGGCAUAAAUCUUUCACACCACAGGAAGUGUUAAAAAUGUACAUGAAAGGAUUGCUGUUCGAAGACAAAAGUCGACCUUCUCUCUCUAGUCUGUAGCAAAUUUCAGUAAGGAUAUGCUCGCAAUAAUACACAACGUAUCACACUGAGUGCCUCUCGGUGUAACAAAAUGCAUACAUGGUUUUGAUUGUCUCUUUCUUGUGUGUGUGUGUGUGUGUUUAUUUUAUUUUAUUUUUUUCUUUCUCCAGACGUGUACUGAAGUUCUAAUGUAUUUUGUACAUAGGGAUGAAUUCUCACCCUCACAUGCUUAAAAUGUUUUUGGGAUUUUUUUCUUCAUGUGUUGUUGUUUUCACAUUGGUUGGUGGGCUAUUUUGAAGGGUCUUGUUGUAUAGACAGUGCGUUUAGAGUGUACAUGUCACCCCUCACCUUGUUUCAGAAGCUGGGAAUUUUGUCUCAUGUUGAUCUAUAUUGGUCAAUAAAUGCUUGCGGAUAAUAUUACAGAACUGUUCACUUGCACAUGUUUUAUUUCCGAUAAAGCAAAAAACUUAACGGAAAUCCACAAUUUUUCAUUCUCUGUUUGUGGUACCAUUUUUUUAUUUCACUGCAAACAGAAGAUUUACUAAUGCAUUGUUUAUUAAAUAUUUCUAUGUGUUUGUAAAACUGGCAUAAAACACAUCUGGAUUUCUCUAAUGUUCUGUGUUCAAUGUGCCCUCAGUCUGCAGGGGUAACUCCACAUGAAGGGCAGGUGGAGCAGGGGUGGAUUUUUUUUCCAUGCAAAACAAGUGAAAAAUUCUGGAAGCUAGCCCAAACUAGUGUGUGGUUGUCAGAAAUUUCUAAGUCAUAUGUUUGCUACUGAUGUUAAAUGGGAACCGAUGAUCAUGUACCUUUUUAUCCAGCUCUUUUGAACUCUCUUUAGUGGGUAGUCGAUUCACAAACGUAGUUUUGCUCCUUCUUGUCUGAUUCUUAAAGAUGAAAAUAAGUAUUUUGAUUCAUUUUGUAAAUACAACUGUAAAGAAAAAUAAGAAAUUUAAUGUUGUCUUUUAAAUACUUUUCAUUCUAAUAUGAAUGUUGUUAUAUUGUACUUAGAAACUGUACCUUUAAUAUUACCUUUAUUAAAAGUGCAUUACACACAUCGAUUUUUGAUGUGCUUUAUGUGCUGUUAUCCCAUAAUAAAAUUUACGGCUUGUAAUGGGCUUUUUUCCCCUGAUUGUUCAUCUGUCUCACUUGUCUGCUCUAUCUGUCC